AAGCAGCUGUCAGACAUUUUACCACAUUCCUCAAUGAUUGUGCUCUGCUACGCAUGGAACAUCCUACAUAGCUCUGUCGAAUCCGUCCUGUGGUGGAACUGUAUCCUAUUAAAUUACUAUAAACCCGUGGGAGUACAAUUUCCAACACAAAAGUGAUUCUCUGACUUGGAUUUUCACCGAAACGGGACGUCAGGCCAUCAGUGUCGAUUCCACAAGGAAUGACGGGUCUGAUGUAAAAAAGCCUCUACUAUGGAAUAACGUUAUGUGAACUCCUAAAGUUAAGACACAAUAUCGGCGCCGAAACGUGGAUUUAAUGGUUUGCAAGGCACCACACCAAUGGACCGUAAAUAUAAAUGACAAUUUCUUCGUAAAAAGAGACCUACCCUCGCCGCCCCCCCCCCCCAAAAAAAGGGGGAAAUAGUAGUGCUAUUUGAGUCUAAUAUUAUUACGUAGUAAUACAGCAACGCAGUAUAGGCUAUCUCAAACGCCAUUUUGUAUGAUUUUUAAUCGAAGGGCAUCGUCAGCCAUUUUGACCCCUUUUCUCCUCGAGUAAAAGCGUUAUUACCGAGUUGCAGUGUCGAGGCAGACCCCCCCCCUUCAAUGUUGUCAUGUUGUCCCGAAGUAGCAGCAAUAGUAGUAGUACCCAUUCUGUGUCAUUAGUGCAGGUGUUGGCCGAACGUGUUGUACCCAAAAUGGCUGCCAAGAAACUGUUCCAAUGUUGAGCUUUUUGUUAUUAAACUCACUUUCACCACGAGGGCUACAUAUUUUGUCAAAUGUAAACUUGACCGGGUUUAUCAGGUUUAUUUCAUUGUUAACCUUAUUCUCCAUCACAUUGCAAGCACAGAAUUUCCAGUAAUAACAUUUUAGUUACAUUUUCAGCGUGUAGUAACAUUCGAUAAGAUGUAUAAUAACACAGUACAUUUACCUGAUGGGGCUUUCGUAAGAUUAACAGCUGAGUAUCGUAAAGGUCAUCCAAUGUCCAGUCUCUGUGUCCUAGCUGACUUCGAUUCUUUUACAAACAAUCUUCAAUCUGCCCAUAAAUAAUGUCAUUUUACAGAAUACAAUUGAAUGAGGAAAGUUCCUUUUAUGCAUUACAGAAACAAGGUACUUUUUGUAAACUACGUCAUCCAACUUUGGGAAUGUUAAUCAUAUAUUCUUAAUAGGAUGAGAGAAUCAAAAAAUGAUGAUCUUUUCUUCAUGCCAGUGCUAUGAAAAUGAAGGAGGUAUGUUUGGAUGUUGCUCAACUUCCAACAGAGGUUAUCUACGCUCAGGACCGCAAACUAGUUGAGAUUUCAAAGACAGAAACUCUGCUGAUGGAUUCGAUUCAGCCAACUGAAUCCCUAAAAAUAUUGUUUAUAAUGCCCACGACUAGAGUUGCAUUUGUGCUUCUUCAAUAUUUCCCAAAUUGUCUAUAUCCUUUUGGUUUUGGAACAGUUUUUGGCCUAUUAUUGAGGUGAGGAUCUCUGACCUGUGAUAAUGUCACAAAUACAUUGUGGGGAUCAGAGAGAUUGCCUCACCCAUGGAACACACCAGGAUGUGGAGCACAUCGGCUCAGCGUCCGUUUUGCUGGCAGAUCAUGCUGCUUGUCUGCUUCAAGAAGAUAAAAUAUUGAUAGGGCAUCGUGAUAACAUUAAUUACAUAUCUAAUAUAAAUAUACAGACUGAACAAUUUCCCUCAGCCUUAAGUGUAAAAAAAAUUGCUAUACUUCACAAUAUUGAAAAAUAUCACAUGCAAUUUAGUUUUUAAAUCAUAUUACAUCGUUACUGAUACUGUUUUGUUUUUGAAUUCAGUGUCCACAUUUUUCUUUUUUGGAAGGGGGGACAAAACAUUGAAAUGACCAUUGCAAUACAAGUAAUGCAAUGUAGCUUCACAUAUCCAAAGUACAAUCAUAUAUUUUAGAUUAUACACGAGUGUACAGUGAUUAAUAUUCAAUUAUCAAGCCCCGUGGAAACUUUCCAGAUCGGGAUACAGUAUUUUAAAAAUUACAUUAAUGUAAUACAUCAAGAGACAAGUAUGGCGGAUGUAAAUUCAGGUUCAGGCUCAUGGUUAUCUCAAGUUACAGUCUAUACUGCAUGUUUUUCUGUCAUGUGCACUUAUUAUUUUUUAUUAUUAUUAUUUUUUAAGUUGGAUAAGUUUAUUACUAUUUAUUUUUUAUAUAUUGGGAAUCAUAUUUUGUGAUUAACAGUGCAAACAAUGAAUUUAUGGUAAGCUGUUUUAAUCGGCAUUUUAUCCUACUUGUGGUAGGGCUUUGUUCCUAUCCUGUUCAGCUAAUGUCUUAUGUCCAAAACAUAAGUGCUUCCACUGCAGACAAGAAGCGCUGAUUGAUGACUACUACGGCUGGCAUCACAGUCACAGCCAAUGUGAGGAAGAGUGUCUUUCACUGAGUGUGUAGCAGUAUAGGACUGUGGCCAACUGUUAGAAGGCUAAUGCAGAUGCCACAGAAGCAUUGCGAACUGUGCAGUGUACGAGCACCACCAGGGCAGCAACACGACAACCUACACGCCAGCCAGCAUCCUAGAUGCAUUUUUGUCACUCCAACUGUGGGUUGAAGUAAAAUAAGCAGAGUAAUUAAAAGUAGCUUUGCGAUGUCAAAUAUCCAUACCUUCCCUCCUAAACAUAUCAAUGCACUCUCAGAUGUGAUGAGAGUACAGAGACCCCACACGUACCAACCAGUCCUGUGGGAUACACGCCAAUUAUGAUAUCAAACAUAUAUGAAAUGCAAAUGUGACUUAUGUCUCAUCUUGAAGCAAACAACACAGGUGAUAUAUGUUCAGGAGUCCACCACUCAGUGAAGUAUGGCGUUGGAAGCAGGGACAUGAUAAAGGAAAGCAUGGCACUUGAAAAAAAUGUACUCAUUUAGAUGCCAAAUAUAACAGCACACCCAAAUUAAAAUACUAAUUUGAUGCAUACACACUUUGUGGUUAUUCUGUGUGUUUUUUUACAUCAACAUCAAAAACCAAAGGAGUAUUAUGUAUUUGUGAUAGUUUAGUGCUGAGCUUUGACCCAGCCUGACGCUUAUUCCAAAGGUCGGCCAUCUGACUCAUAGUAAAUAACAGUAGUCCACAAGGAAAUACUUAGCCUGAAAUCAUACACACUGAGUGUGAUGUGACAAGUUUUUUUGAAUGAAACAAUAAUGUGACUUGUACUUGUGGUAUAACAAUUAGGACCAGGACUAGGACCCCUGCAACAUUAAGUUCCUAAAGUAUGAAUAAGGAAUUUGCAGAAAUUUGCUGUAGCGGUAAGUAAAAUGUUUGCCCUUUAUUAUUUCAAGUGUGUUAUCAAUCAUGUUCAUGUUUUUACCAAAUAAUCCAAAUGUUUAAAAACUUUGUAUUAGAUGAAACAUUCAUAACUGGUUUGGGGGCCAGGGGUGACAAUUUCUAAUAUAUUACCAUUAAUUAUUAUCAUUAAUCAAAAUGGAAGUGUGUCCAAAACUCCUUAAGUUUUCAUAGGGGGGAAAAAAUGCCCAAAGUCCUCCACAUAUGCAGGGACCACUCUUUAUUCUUGCCAUUUUUAAGGCACCAAACCACGAUGUCGCCUAAUAAAUAAAUAGGCUUACAGCUGUUAAAAAAAAAAAGUACAAUGACUAAUUUAAUCAUAAUUACCAUAACUUUUUUUUUGUACUGUCAAAGUGUUUGACAAAACAACCAUUGACCUCACAGAGCUUGCUUGCCCUUUGUCAUUUUUUUCCAAGUCAUAUACUUUAAUCAUACAGCAUGAUAACACUUGAUAACAACAUAGGAAUUUAUAGCAGGCUGAGCCCAGAAAACAUUAUGAACUAAGGACUGAGUUCUGUGGCAAUUCCACUCAUAUUUUCAUUGGAGAGGCUUUAAAAUCCGAGAGGUAAGUUGCACACAUGCAGGAUAAUAAAUAUGAUUUUAAUUGAUUUCGAUCACUGUCGCAACUUCUUGUGCACAGGCAUUAAAGACUGACUGUGGUGAAAGUGAGUCCUUCCUCAUGGAUGCAAACGGUGAUAGAAGUGGCAGUGUGCAAUACAAUCGCUGGAAUGAGGACAACAUUAACAUGAAUGUGGAGGGGUCCACUACAACAAGGCUCUACGAUCGAAUGUGCAGCGGCAACACAGGAGUCAUAGUGAAGACAACCGGAGUUUUGGCUGCAUUAGUUUCUGUCUACAUCAUAGGAUACAUCACAGGAUACUACAUCCAUAAAUGCUGAUGGAGCUUGCGAGGAUGAAAAAGCCUUUUGGGUGAUUUUUUUUUUCUCUUAACAUUUUUACUUUUAUUGUUCACGAAAAAAAAAAACAAUUAAAUAAUGAAUAAAUAAUGCUGGCAUUAGGAUGCUUUUUUGAUAAAGAAACAGUUUGCCCCUGAUUUCUGAAUUGUAAAGAUUGACAGUUAACCUAUUCGGACUGAAUCUUGUGCAACUCUGGCUUCAGAAAAUUUAAUUGAACAAUGACAAUAUAAUUAAAAACACGAGUGUUGAAAAUGUUAUCCUUCUAAUAAUGUAGUCCAUGGUAAAGCACACUGGUGACCUCAUACAAUGAUAGUUAAGUGUAAGUAUACUGUUUCACUUAAUUUGUCUGAAAAUGAUUAAUUACAGAUAUAUACAAUAUACAUGUACAUCUAUCAAUGCUACAGACAUUAGUUAUCGGCAGACAAUUAACUUCUCUUUACAUCAAUAUUUCAGCUUUUUGGAUAAGACAUUUCACACAGGAUAAUUUGGGAGUUAAUUUAAAACAAGAUCAUACAUUCAGUGUCAAUGCUGAACCUUUUGUUUGAUAGUGUGCUGAGUUAAAAAAAAAAAAAAAUUUAAUGUAGAUUGUGUGCCUUGGUUCAAUAAAGGUUUGGAAACACUAUAAUGACAUUUCCUUCCAGAAAUCUCUAUAUUGAUUUUGACCUUGUGUGCCGCUCAUUUCUACGUCUUCUGGGCUAUCUCCUCCACAUAGAGCUGCAUCUGUUAAAGACAAAAACACAAGGCAAAAUUGGCAAAGUGCAAAUUAUAACACUCCACAUAUUUUUCAGAAAAUACGGCAAAAAUGAAAAGCCGGUAGUUUAAAUAAUAGACUUUGAUCAUGACAGAACUUGGUCCUGCAAAAAUACUUGUAAUAGUGAGCAGUAGUAUAAUAGGUUUGAAAUUAGGUUUCAAGUAAGGGA